AAGAAGAAGAAGGAACGCGGUUUGUUUUCGGCCUCCAGCUUUUCAGCGUUGCUAGUUUCACGCUCGGUGUUGUGUGAUCAUGUGAGACUGCACGAGUCGGGCUUGCUCUUGCCUCACCGGUUUACCGGCAAUUAAAACUAUAAGCUCAUGAUCUCUAGGGGGUUUCCAUUGCUUUUGGGGGGGAUUUUGCGAUAUUAAACCAGUUAAUUAUCUGUCUGUUAUUGGGGAAUGAGCGAGGAGAAAAGCCCGGACAGCUGCAGGAGAAACUCUGGGUGCACCAGUGUUCUCAGUAUAGAGCAAAUGCUGGCUGUGAAUCCUGGGAAGACGCCCAUCAGUCUGCUGCAGGAGUAUGGAACGCGGAUAGGCAAGACACCGGUGUAUGACCUGCUGAAGGCCGAAGGUCAGGCCCACCAGCCCAACUUCACCUUCCGCGUAUCUGUGGGAGAGAUCAGCUGCACAGGCCAGGGCCCCAGCAAGAAGGCUGCCAAACACAAGGCUGCUGAAGCUGCUCUCAAGAUGCUGAAAGGAGGGAUGCUGGAAGCAUUAAAGGGCAGUGUUAUGGAAGGAGAGCACUUUGAUGAAAUAGACAUCCCCUUGGAUGGAGACUGCUCCCAGUCAGAGAUAAAGUUAUCCAGUUCCAGCCAGCAAGCUGAAUGCAAUCCAGUUGGAGCUCUACAGGAAUUGGUGGUGCAGAAAGGUUGGCGUUUACCAGAAUACACAGUCACACAAGAGUCUGGGCCUGCACAUCGUAAAGAGUUCACCAUGACAUGCAAAGUAGAGAAAUUUGUUGAGAUUGGUAGCGGUACAUCAAAGAAGCUUGCCAAGAGGAAUGCAGCAGCAAAGAUGCUCUCCCGGAUCCAUGAUGUUCCUGUAGACAUGCGCAGCAGCCAUGAAGCAGAGGCAGAGGACGACACCUUCAACAUGCACAUAGGUGGCAGACUAGAGGGAGGGAAGUGUAAAGGGUUUGGAUGUACAUGGGAUUCUUUGCGCAACUCGGCAGGAGAGAAGAUCCUGCAGCUGCGUAGUCACCCUCUAGGCCUGCCCAAUUCCAACUUCUGUUCUCUGCUACAUGACCUGUCUGAAGAGCAGCGCUUUGAUGUUAGCUAUUUAGACAUUGAGGAACGCAGUCUCAGUGGCUUGUACCAGUGUCUUGUGGAAUUGUCCACUCAGCCGGUUACUGUGUGUCAUGGCUUUGCACCCAGUCAAGAUGCAGCACGGGCCAGUGCAGCACACAAUGCUCUCCAGUACCUCAAGAUCAUGGCUGGUGGAAAGUGAAUCUGUGCUCUUCACCAGAAACAUGGGUUCAGAGUUGACAGUACUGUAGACCAUAGUACUGUAAAAUGGGGGCUUAUUGGAUGUUUUAGGCACAUCAUUCUGGCAAACUAUUCCUAAUGCCCCAAAGACACUCUACUUAUUCCCACAAGCUCUAAUGAAAUAUGAACUGAUUUAAAUCUUUUGUAUCUGAAGAUAGUUGAGGACUGGUUUUAACUGAAGGCCUUGUUUUUCUACUACCUCCAUGUGAUGAAUUUGAUUUUGUUGUUAAAUUAUCUUGAAAUGUCUUCCCUUUAACUGAUAUUUUAAACUAAAAUUUCCCUAAAUUAUUUUUAAAAAUGCAAAGGUUUUUAACUUGAAUUUGUAAACGGCGUACAGAAUUUGCUUUGCCAGAAUUAACGAGACAAAUUGAAAAUCACUUCUGCCAAUUUUCAAAUUCCAAGUAUAUGUCUACCUCCAUAUGUAUUUGGUUACUGGGUCCACAUAUUACAAAAUUGCCCUUUCCUUUUAUGCUCAAUUAAGAUAUUACAUAAGAUCAUGUGUGCAGUGCAAUGCAAGGUUAUUAAAAUAUUAGCAUUUUAUUUUGGGGGCAAGAUUAGAGUUAGUACAUUGUGAGGUAAAGUUUUUAGCCCAUGUGGAACUGGAUGGUUAUGCAGUUCUGAGCAAGAAUGUACAGAAAAUUCAUUUGAUCAGUUUGAGACAUCAGUCAUUAAACUAAUAAUAAAAUCUAAUUUAAUUCUG